AGUCGCUUGGCUUUUUGAGGCCUCAUGCGUACGGAAAUUGAGAUUCGCUGAAGUUAUCGCGAGACGUGAUGCUCAACGAUCAAAGUGCUGCACCACCUGCUCAGCCCGGACUUCACUAGUCCAACAGGCACGUCAUCAUCGACAGAAUGUGGGCCGAGCGGGGUAUACUCCCGGGGGCAACUCCUGGUAUUGAGCAAGGCUUUUCCACAUCCUGAUACCUUGAUUCCUAUAUUCAUACUUACCUCACGGCGCACAACUUACUAUACCAGCUCUCCAUUUCAGCAUCUCUAAUCGCAAUGGUCGCUUCAUUCCGUGACCUUCUUGGCAUUCGUCCAGGUACAGCGUCAACCUCAGACUCUGCCCUGAUCAUUAUUGAUGCUCAGAAUGAGUAUGCGCAAGGACAGCUGAAGGUCACAAACGCCGAAUCAAGCGGGAAAGCCAUCGCCAGCCUGCUCGAGAAGUACCGCGCUGCGGGCGGCAAAAUCGUGCACGUCAUGCAUCAGACACCUGAGGGUGCACCAAUCUUCACCCCCGGUACUGAGCUUGCAAACGAGUUCAGCAAUGUCGCCGCAAAGGACGGCGAAGAAAUAAUCUGGAAACAGUUUCCGGGCUCUUUCGAACAAACCUCUCUCCACGACACUUUGCAGUCAUGGGGCGUUAAGAAGGUUGCUCUGACUGGGUACAUGGCACAUGUCUGUGUCUCCACCACUGCUCGUGAGGCCAUGCAGAAGGGCUACGAGGUCAUUCUUGUGGAAGAUGCUAUUGGGGACCGCGAUAUCCCGGGAGUUGAUGGCAAGGAGCUGACCAGGGUUGCGCUGGCUGAGCUGGCAGACGUCUUCGGAACCAUCGUCCAGAGUUCAGACGUCCGAUAAAGCAAUUUAAAGAAAUAUAGAAUUCAGCGAGUGUAACAUAUACUCCCAACGCCAACGACCGAAAGAACAUCUAGCCUCUCAACGUGGCGUGUGGACGAGACUGUCGAAUUCACACUUGUAUUCUUGUAAUCAUGGCACAGAAGAAUUGAUCU